AUAAACAUCAGAAAAUUUAUAUAUAUAGUCAUCCAUUUUACCAAACCACCGCAGAUCACAUCUCCGACCACCGGUAACUAUUUUAUUCAAUCACGAUUCCAAUUCAAACUAGUGGUUUGUCGGCCGGCCGAUGUGUGCACACAACAGUAGAAGGUAUCGUUAGAUUUUUGAAAAACAAAUAAGCAACCAAAAAUGGCCAAGGGAGGAGGCGGCCAAAACCUCCCACCAGAUGUAAUCCAAUUGAUUGAUCAAUUGGAGCGUCACUGCUUAGCUCCUGAUGGAUCCCUCGUCUCCAAGUCUGUCUACAACGAUCUCCAACUUGCGCGAGAGGAAAUGUCGAGAGAAAGACUACGUUAUUUGGAAGCUAUGGCUAUUUACUGUGAAGCAAUUGGCAUGGUUGAAGAUUAUCAACAGGCUGUUUCAGUGGCCAAUCUUGGAGGCAUUCGAGACGUACAUGGUCUACACUCCAAUCUUGGCCUCAAGAGUUCUCCUCAGGUAUAUGAGGCGCUUGAGCAUCGAUUGGUUGUUGCAGAAGCUGCUCAGAGACUGAGACUUCCUCUAAUUUCAAAAGACGGCGAGGUUCAUGAGGAAGAAAUAGAGAAAUGGAGUGUGUUAUCAAGAAGCUCUCUUGAUAGUACAACUACCAAUGUCACAAUAAGCUCAAACUCAAGUAACUAUACAAACAUUUCUGCAAUAAACACGGGUAGCUCAACAAACAAUGCGUUUCCUACCGCUGCUUCUGACGUUGGAGAUCCUGGAGUUGGUGGUGUUCCUAACCGGUUUCUCGGAAUAACACCAGGUUAUUUGUGGCAAAGUCAGGUCCAACGUGCGCCAUUGCAGAUGGAUGUGGCGGAAUACCAAAUGCCACUUCUUCGUGAGAUUGAGAUUCGCUUAAAGGUUAAAUGUGACAAGUUAGCUGAUGCUUUUAUAGAUGACUUGGAUUCUUCAACCGGUAGUCAAAAUUCAAGUGCUCGGCUUCCAGAAAGGGUAAAGUUAAUUAUUGAGGAGAUAGAAAGAGAAGAAGCAGCUUUACGUGAAGAUCUAUAUUCUGCCGACAGAAAGUUUGCAGAAUAUUACAAUGUGUUGGAGCAGAUACUUGGUGUGCUUAUUAAGCUUGUGAAAGAUUUGAAGUUGCAACAUCAACAUAAAUACGAUGAACUGCAAAAGACUUGGUUAUGCAAACGGUGUGAAACAAUGAGCGCCAAAUUGAGAGUAUUGGAGCAUAUUCUCCUGCUUGAGACUUACACUCAGGAAUCAGUUCCAGCACUGCAUAAGAUAAGGAAAUAUCUGGUUGAAGCUACAGAAGAAGCUUCACUUGCAUACAACAAAGCCGUGACACGGCUUCGUGAAUAUCAAGGGGUUGACCCGCAUUUUGACACAAUUGCAAGACAAUACCAGGAUGUAGUAAAGAAACUGGAGAAUAUGCAGUGGACGAUUCACCAAGUCGAAAUGGACCUCCACCGUUUACCUAACGCUUAAAUAUAACUAACUAUUCAGCUUCGUCUUUUGUGUUGUAUCGUAUGUGUUCUAUUACAAUAUGUAUGAAUUUUGAUCAUUGCAUUGUGAAUGAGAAGCCUUGCUCUUUCUGCUUC